CACACACACACACACGCACACACACACACACACACACUUGCAGGUCAUUUUGGGGACUUUUUGGCAUUUAUUAACCUGUAAGUGACAUUUGUGUCCAGUUGUCUUCCUAAAUCAUACGUCUGAAAUCAUAUUUAGCCACAUGUUUGGUCCGCGCUCAGCGCAGGUGAUUUGUGUUCAUACUCUGUGCUGACACCAUGUGUUUGUCAUGGCAUGUGCGGCCAGGGGUUUUAGAAAAGUAAAAUUGCCCCAUAAACGUAAUAAUAAUAUCAUCCCUAGCUGAUUAAGAUAUAUCUUAUUAUGCUCAGUUCCCUUAACAGUUUAAUGUAACCCUCUUGCUGACUAAAGUGUCCCUUUUUGAUGUUGUAUUUCGUAUUCACAUCUUUUCUUCGGAGAACUUCUAUCUUACCCCGAGAAUUCCUAAUACGAACCUUCAAUCACGUAUGUUUGCGUUAAAAGAGUUGAAGAGGGAGAGAGGGGGUCGAGAGAGAGAGAGAGAGAGAGAGAGAGAGAGAGAGCAUCCACUCGGGACGCACGGCAAAUAAUGCUUGGGCUACUUUAUUAUUUGUGCACUACAACAGAAAGCACUCUGGCGCGUUCGCCUCAACUAGUUGUUGCUUUUCAGACGAGACUCCCUCCCCGUGGGCUUGAAUCACAUCUCUGCAGCAUCCUUGCAGAGUAGCUCUGCUCUGCUGCCCCCCCCCCCCCCUCCGGCUGCAUUCGGUGCCGUCGACGGAACCGAAGACUGGGCUCAGACAUCCGGACCUAUACACUGCACAGCAUCCCGGACCAGCGACGGACUGUGACAUUCACCGUAAUGGAAUAAAUAAAGAGGGGGGGGGGCGGGGGGGUUGGGGAGUUCGGAUCCUUUCUCCAGCCACGCACGGGCAUCUUGUGCAUGGAUCGAGGUCGACGGGGGAGUGAUUAAAAGCCGUCAGGAAGAGGCUGGCGUGCAGAUGAGGAAUCGCGAAGCCGUGCUCGUCCGACGCGGCGCCGUCCACCUGGAAUACCUGGAGCUCUCCAAUGACGCGCAGCAGCCGCAUCAACUUAUCGACACUGUUGCAUAAUUCCACGAGCGACAUGUCAGCCCCUGUGGCCUUGCGCGCAGAUCGAUGGUUCCUAUAGGCUGAGAUCCGCGGAGCUCGAGUCGGAGCCACGAGCGCGUAAACAGCUGGUCCCCGGAGGAGGAUGCGACCCGGCGCGCAAUGAUGCUCGGAACCCGGAGGAUGUCGUGAUCAGGAUGACAUUCGGUUGAAACACCCGUGGGCCGAGACACAGAAGAAACUCUGCUCUUUUUUCUUUUCUUUCUAUUUUUCUUUCCUUUUCUCUUCUUUUCUUUUUCUUUUUUUUUUUUGUCCUUUUCUUUUUGCAGCGAGAAGCCGCAUUCAAAAGAUCCGACAUCUGCCGAACUAGACUCUCGCUUUUCGGUGUCGGUUCGGGGAGACAUGGCCGCGAUCGCCAGCUCCCUGAUCCGUCAGAAACGCCAGGCCAGGGAGUCGAACAGCGACCGGGUCUCCACCUCGAAGCGCCGCCCCAGCCCCAGCAAGGACCCGCGCUCUCUGUGCGAGAGGCAUUUCUUGGGGGUCUUCAGCAAAGUCCGUUUCUGCAGUGGCAAGAAAAGACCCGUUCGCCGGCGACCAGAUGCACCCUCGAAACCUCCACAGGUGUCCCAUAAGGGCUGCAGGCUAGAGCCGCAGCUGAAAGGCAUCGUGACACGACUGUUCAGCCAGCAGGGCUUCUACCUGCAGAUGCAGCCGGAUGGAACCAUCGACGGCAGCAAGGACGAGAACAGCGACAACACCCUGUUUAAUCUUAUUCCUGUGGGUCUGAGAGUGGUGGCCAUCCAGGGGGUGAAGAGUGGCUUCUACAUCGCCAUGAAUGGCGAGGGCAUGCUCUACAGCUCGGAAAUGUUCACACCGGAGUGCAAGUUCAAGGAGUCGGUUUUCGAGAACUACUAUGUGAUCUACUCGUCCACUGUGUACCGUCAGCAGGAGUCAGGCCGAGCCUGGUUCCUUGGCCUCACCAAGGAGGGGCAAGUCAUGAAGGGCAACCGGGUCAAGAAGACUAAGCCCUCAUCACACUUUGUGCCCAGGCCCAUUGAAGUUUGUAUGUACAGGGAGCCGUCAAUGCAUGAGAUAGAGGACAAGCACCGCUCCAGAAAGAGCUCAGGGACUCCCACCAUGAACGGAGGGAAAGCUGUCAAUCAGGACUCCACAUAGCAGCAAGGGGAUGGGCUUCCAGUGUGGUUGGGGGGGGGG